CUGGUCUGCGCACAAACCUCCUUAGACGCUGCAAUAGAUCUGGUCUGCGCGAGAAGUGUGACCGCAGUAAAUCCCAUUGCAUAAAUAGGAUUCCUAAUUUCAGUGUAACAAUAAGCCGGGUUUAGAGCAAAUAGUCACGCACCCGAACGCUGCGCGACCACGAAAUCGAGCAUUAGGCUUCCGGGGUUUUACUUGUUCUGCACAACCAUGUCACGACACAGAGCUGUUCGCAACUUAGACAUCGAUGACGUUCUCGAAGAGGACGAUUAUGCGGACGAUUAUGACGAAAACGAGUUGGACGAAGGAGAUCUUUCUGCAGAAGAUCGGGCCAACUUGGCAGACGGGCUGGCACACGUACUGAGUGUUGUCGGCGAAGAUAUCCCGGUUUCAGAUAUGGAAAUCAAAGAGGCAUUGUGGUACUACUACUUUGAUCGAGAAGAAACCAUCAAUUGGGCUGUUGAAAAUUGCAGAGAGAAAGGCAGAGGAAGAAAAGCAAAAGAAAAAGGCGGCAAAGAAAGCGGCAAAAGGUAAAAAACAACAUAAUGGCACUAUGUCUUCUUUUUUCAGUAUACUGCAAGC